UCCAGUGCUCGUUGGACAACUGCUCCACGUCCUUCCACGUCACCUGCUCCCUCCUCGCCGGAGUCAUCAUGAAACCGGCCGAUUGGCCGUAUGUGGUGUCCGUCACCUGCCACAAACACAAAAAGACCAAUAAGAAGGUUAAAAGCGGCUCGCGCGAGCUGUCGUUGGGUCAGGAGGUCAUCGGCAGGAGCAGCAACGGUUGGUUCUACCGCUGCACCAUCACCGGCAUUGGCACGCAAAACUACUAUGAGGUCAACUUUGACGACGGCUCCUACUGUGAUAACAUCUUCCCAGAGAACCUGCUGAGUCACGACUGCCUGAGGAACGGCCCUCCAGAACCGGGCGAACUCGUGGUGGUCAAGACAAUCGAUGGACGAGUUCUCAACGCGUCUUACGUCAAGGAACAUGUCCACCGAUACUACCAG